AUGGAAUUACAAGAUAUACUUAAGGGGGAGAUACAGAAAUUGCAAGGGGACUCCCCAGCCUCUACGAAUGCCGAAGAAAGAACGUUGAAAAUUAAGCGGCUGCUAGCACAAGAUGAGGGAUUGCCCUUUGAAAUUACCUCACAAGAGGUGUUCCAUGCGAAAGGUGCUUCAGAAACUGAGCUGGCACACUUGGCAAAGAAAUGCAACCUAUACAUCCAUCACGUGCUCGCCGUGUGGGCUCAAUUACCAGAGUACGACGAGCAUCUGCUCCAGCAGACGAGGCGGGAUCUGUUCCCGCUGUUGGUGCAACUGCGCAAGCACACGCUCCCUCUGGGAAAUUUGGCCUCGCUUGCCACAAUCCUGUACCACUGCCAGCAGGGCCAAUACCAGCUUGCCGUGCAGUCGUACAUGCAACUAAGCAUUGGGAACGUCGCAUGGCCGAUUGGGGUCAACGUUGUCGGAAUCCACUCAACGAAGUGCACAGUCGCGUAUCAGCACGGAAAAUACGAGUAA